AUGCAGUCGAGUUCCGCCGUGCCGCCGUCGUCCUCGCAGUUGUCACCGCACGGAGGCUCACAGCCUACGUGGUGCGCCACGAAGCUGAAGAUGGAGUGGAGUAUGAUCAUUCUCGCAGCCGGAAGAUGCAACUCCCGACUCCUCGUUGUAGGAUUGGGCAAUCGGAUCGUCGUGGUAAGUGUAGGCAAGGAUGUCCGCGCUGACGGAACCCGCGGGCCGGCCCCAUUGAAUAAUGCGAAUCAGACCGCCGCCGAGGGCCGUGAGGUUGCCGCGGACCCAUUCAAGGGCGGCCCGUUGUUCGAGGAUGUCGAGGUUCUGCUCCCCGUUGGCCAGCCCUCGCACGCUGGGGAAACCGAAGAUGCUAAAGCGGUAUUUGAUGGUGAUGAUUGCUGCCGACUGCGACCGCUCGACCCAGGACGUUGGCUUUCAGCAGGGCAGAUCGAUGGACGCACACGAGUCCGCCACCCGAGGGAGGGCUGCAUGCGUCCAUAUGGCAACGUAAAGGCAGUCUUCGGACGUUGCUUCGCCUACCAGACCUGA